ACUACUUGUUCUUCUCUUACCCAUACCUAUAACACUAAUAAUUAUUAAGAUCCCGCCUAAAAAUUCCCCAACAUUUUCUUUUCCGUCCCAGAAACUUUCUCAACAACUUCUUAUGGACAUUAAAUUACAGCAGAAUCAUAGUUUCAUCGCUUCCAGCACUUCAAAUCCAUGUUUUUCAAGAAAGCCAAUCAGAAUCCAUUUUUUCUGCAGGAAAGUGGUUGAUAUUAACCAGCUACUAUGCAGCUGGGGAUCACCGAGGAAGAGAGUUCGUAUGAGGCAUGGGUUGUUGGAGUAUGAUAAGAAUACUCACUGUGGUAGGUGGGUUGAAUUUAGAAAGUAUCGUCCCACGUUUUGUAAACCGAAAAGACAAGGAGAUUUCUCUCUGUUGGCUUCUUCUGAUGAUGGUGUAACAGUUAAUGGGACUUCUCAAUCAAGCCCAGGCGGUGAUGUAGAGGAAAUGAGGAUCAAAUUGGAUCAAUCCUUGCAAGGUGAAGACUAUAGUGAUGGAUUGAUCCAGUCAUUACAUGAUGCAGCAAGGGUCUUUGAGUUGGGACUUAUAAAGCAGAUUUCCUUGUUGAAAAGCUCUUGGUUCUCUGCCGCAUGGCUUGGUGUUGACAAAAAUGCAUGGGUCAAAUCACUAUCUUACCAGGCUGCCCUUUAUUCUUUCCUGCAAGCAGCUAGCGAGAUUUCAUCUCGUGGGGACCAAAGAGACAGGGAUAUUAAUGUUUUUGUUCAGCGGAGCUUACUUAGGCAAUGCGCUCCCUUGGAAAAUUUAAUAAAAGAUGAAUUGUCAGCGAAACAACCAGAGGCAUAUGAAUGGUUUUGGUCAGAUCAACUACCUAUGGUUGUCACAACGUUUGUUAACUAUUUCGAAAGGGAUCCACGCUUCAUUGCAGCUACUUCAAUAUAUGGAAAAGGAUUAAAAUUGGCUGCAGGCUGCUCUAGUGACAUAUCACUUCUCAUGCUUGCUCUCACCUGCGUUGCUGCAAUUACAAAACUUGGGCCGGCAAAAGUCUCUUGUCCUCAGUUCUUCUCCUUGAUUCCCGAUGAAACUGGCAGAUUGAUGGACAUGCUGGUUGAUUUUGUUCCAAUACGACAAGCUUAUUAUUCCAUUAAGGAUAUCGGUCUACGCAGAGAAUUUCUUGUUCACUUUGGCCCACGAGCUGCAUCGUCUAGAGUAAACGACAAAGGGGCAGAAGAGCUUGCUUUCUGGGUGGAAAUUAUCCAGCAACAGCUGCAGCGAGCAAUUGAUCGGGAGAAAAUUUGGUCUAAGCUAACUACAAGCGAAAGUAUCGAGGUACUUGAGAAGGAUUUGGCAAUAUUUGGAUUCUUCAUUGCUUUAGGAAGAAGUACACAGUCGUUUUUGUUUGAAAAUAACUUUGAUGUCCUAGACGAUCCGCUUGAGAGUUUCAUCAGGUACCUCAUAGGGGGUAGUGUGCUUUACUAUCCCCAGCUCUCAUCAAUAAGUUCUUAUCAACUGUAUGUGGAGGUAGUUUGUGAAGAAUUGGAGUGGCUUCCUUUCUAUCCAAUAGAGGAAGGUGCAGUAAAACGAUCUCGAUCCCACACCAGUAAAGUUAAAGGACCUCCCAAUGCAGCAGCAGUUCCCCAAGUUUUGGAUGUGUCCUCUUACUGGAUGCAAAGCUUUAUCAAGUACAGUAAAUGGUUGGAGAACCCUACCAAUAUCAAAUCAGCAGCAUUUCUUUCCAGAGGGCACAACAAGUUAAGAGCGUGCACAGAAGAGCUUGGAGUAUUGAAAAACAGAAUGGAGGAGAAUGUAGUGGGGAAUCAGAGAACUGUCUCCGGAAAUUAUUCACAGACUAAGAAAGAGCUAGAUUCUUUUGACGAGGCCCUGGAGAAUGUUGAAGAAGCUGUAAAAAGGUUAGAGCAUUUGCUUCAAGAGUUGCAUGUCUCCAGCUCUGAUCAUGGGAAAGAGCAUUUAAAAGCCGCUUGCUCUGAUCUUGAGAGGAUAAGGAAGCUAAAAAAAGAAGCCGAAUUUCUGGAAGCGUCUUUCAGGGCUAAAGCGGCUUCUCUUCAGCAGGAAGAAGUUAAAAAUAGUUCACAAUAUUUCAAGAGGAAAAACGAAAUAAGUGAUAAUGUGGAGGGAAGUGUUAGAGAUGGAACCCAAGCAGAUAGGGUUGUUGAUAACCCUCGUGGUUUGUGGAGCAUGUUGGUGCCGGAAAGGAAGACAGAAUCUGGAUCAUUGGAAGGUGAAAGUUUAGGACGAGCUGCGGUUUCUAGUACGGGUGAUAUAGACUCUGAUUCGAAUGAAAUUCGACGUUUUGAACUUCUAAGGAAUGAGCUAAUCGAACUUGAAAAUCGAGUGCAGAGAAGUAGCCAGCAAUCUGAGAAUGAGGAGGACGUUGCUGGCCCAGGAAGCAUGGUUACUUAUGUGAAAGCUGCAGAUGGUGGAUUAGUUCAGGUUCAGAAGAAAGAAAGUUUUAUUGGAAAAUCAAUAGACAAGAUGAAAGAAGCUGGCACGGAUGUUUGGCAAGGAACUCAGCUGUUAGCAAUUGAUACAUCCACAGCUAUGGGGCUGCUACAGAGAGUUCUUACCGGAGAUGAACUGACUGUAAAAGAAAGCAAAGCGCUCCGAAGAACUGUAACAGACUUGGCAUCAGUGAUACCUAUUGGCAUUCUUAUGCUUCUUCCGGUUACUGCAGUCGGACAUGCGGCUAUGUUAGCUGCUAUCAAAAGAUAUGUUCCAUCAUUGAUCCCUUCGACGUAUGGACCAGAAAGGUUAGAUCUCUUGAGGAAGCUUGAGAAAGUAAAGGAGAUGGAACGCAACGAAGUGAAACCGAAUGACAAUGUAAAAGUGGACAGCCUCAUGAGCUCCGACAACCUAUAACUGAUUAAUUUAGAGAUAUGAUGAAUUUUUUUCUCCACAUGACAAGCUUUCUAUAUCAAUGGAUCAGUUCAUUCUUUGGUAAGCUACUACACGUUUUUCUUCUUCUUCCUCAGUUCUGUGAUCUUUUGAUAGUAGAUGGGCAUAUACACGCUUGUUCCAUAUAUCUGGUACUCCAGGGAGACGCCAAUGGCUGCAAUGUCCUGGGGAAGGAAUUGGUGUGCUGGCUCCCUGUAGACCUAGAGGUCACCAUCUUUCCUAAACUCCGCCAGAUAUGUAAUAAACUGUAUAUUUCUCUUUUACAUCUUUCACCACUUCAAUUGUUUUAUAAAUAAACAUGCUAUUCCAUGGUUCUUUUUUCACCCUGGUAUAGUUAUUUUCUGGUUAUGUACUAGAGUCGCAAUGAACACCUUCAUUCCGUUU